UUGCUCUUCCUGCCAGCCAGGGAGAGUUAGCUGAUGGUUGGUAGGGAAGGGGACUGAUCGCUUUUGGUACCUGAAGGAAGGGUUCGGGGCCCGGUGACAGGAUGAUGGCAUCCUGCGCGUACCCGCGGCCGGGAUCGGGAUCGAGCCCGAGCCCGGUGUCGGAGCAGGCUCGGUGGGCGAGCGACACACACGCACGGACCUUGCUGGCCCAGAUGAAUCGCUUGAGGGCCCGCGCCGACUUCUGCGACGUGCGGCUGCAGGUGGAGCAGCAGGUCUUCAGCGUCCACAGACUGGUGCUGGCCGCCAGCAGCCCCUACUUCGCCGUGCUGUUCGCAGGAGGUCUGCAGGAAGCCGGCAAGAGCUUAAUCCAGAUCCACGGCAUCGAGGCAGAAAUCUUCAAGCUGCUGCUCGACUUUAUUUACACUGGUGUCAUCAAUGUCAGCAUAAAAAAUGUACAAGAGUUGAUCCUUGCUGCAGAUAUGUUACAGUUGACUGAAAUUGUGAACAUGUGUAGUGAAUUUUUGAAAGGACAAAUUGAUCCCGCGAACUGUGUUGGAAUUUACCAAUUUGCUGAGCAAAUUGCCUGCCAUGACCUUGCAGAAUUCAGUGAAAGUUACAUUUAUGUCCACUUUUUGGAGGUCUGUAAAACUGAGGAGUUUAUGGGAUUAGCAAAAGAUCAAUUGGUUAAAAUUUUAAAAAGUGAAGAACUCCAGAUUGAAGAUGAAUAUCAAGUUUUCACAGCUGCAAUGGAAUGGGUUCUCCAGGACAUGGUGAAAAGGAAAAAAUAUGUGAUUGAAGUUCUGGAUCCUGUUCGAUUCCCUUUGCUUUCUUCACGGAGAUUAUUCAAAUAUAUUGAAGGCAUUUCUGAUUUUAGUCUACGAGUUGCUCUGCAAAAGUUGCUGGAGGAGUACAGGGAAGUCACUAAACCUCAGAAAGAGAUCAAGUUUGGAAAAAUGCCUCCUGCAUCAAAGAUUCGUCCUCGGAGGAAAGCCCGGAAGUUCCUCUAUGCCAUAGGUGGUUACACACGGCUUCAGGGAGGUCGGUGGAGUGAUAGCAGAACUCUUAGCUGUGUGGAACGUUUUGAUUCAUUCAGUCAAUACUGGACCACAGUGUCAUCACUGCACCAAGCUAGAAGUGGGUUGGGUGUUGCAGUACUCGAAGGAAUGAUCUAUGUAAUAGGUGGUGAAAGUGAUUCCAUGAUCUUUGACUGUGCUGAGCGCUAUGAUCCAGUUACUAAGCAAUGGGCAGCAGUGGCCUCAAUGAAUUCUCCUCGAUGUGGACUUGCUGUAUGUGCCUGUCAUGCUACUAUUUAUGCACUAGGAGGUUGGGUUGGAGCAGAUAUUGGGAAGACUAUGGAGAGAUUUGAUCCUUCUGAGAAUAAGUGGGAAGUUGUUGGCGAAAUGGUUAUCCCUCGAUACUUCUUUGGUUGUUGUGAAAUGCAAGGCUUCAUUUAUAUUGUUGGAGGUUUAAGUGACUCGGGGUCAGAGCUCUCUUCAUCUGAAAUGUUUGAUCCUAUUACAAAACGUUGGACAACAUUAGACAGUAUGAAAACAAGAAGAGCUUAUGUUGGAGUAGCUGCUCUGAAUGACUGUAUUUAUGCUGUUGGAGGGUGGAAUGAGACUCAAAAUGCUUUACAUACAGUUGAAAAGUAUUCCCUUCAGGAGGAGAAGUGGUUUGAGGUUUCUUCUAUGAAAGUAGCAAGAGCAGGUGUUUCAGUUGUUGCUGUUAACGGGCUGCUUUACGCAGCAGGCGGUCGAACAUCGGGCCGAGAUUCCUCAGCUCCGGUUACUCUCGACUCCGUAGAAGUGUAUGAUCCUCAUACUGACACUUGGAUGGAAAUCGGGAACAUGAUAACUAGCCGAUGUGAUGGGGGUGUAGCAGUGCUUUGACUGUUGAUGACUUCCUAAGAUUCUAAGAAAACUGUCACAGAAUGCAGAAGAUUGUGACAUCUUGAAUUGUCAUCUUUAUUGAGACAAAGGAAAUUUUCAUGAGUUUACACAGCUACUUAACGCAGUCUCGAGUCACUGUAGUAAAACCUAAAUAUAAAGUGUAGGCACUGCAGGCGAGCACCUCCUUCACUUGAUGAGUUGUGGCUGCUGUACUACCUCACCUGCUCUCUAUUCCCAAUUACUUUAGUAUUUAAAAGUAUUUCAAUUCCAGUCUUAAAUAUUAUCAGUGAUUGAACAUGCACUGCUCACAAGAAUGAGAGAAUGGCAUUUAUUUAAAACCAUUUGGAGGGAAAAGUUACAUUUGCUGCUAUGUAAAAUAAAGGGGUCACUCACUUUGUACACAGCACACUUGUACAAAUAUACAUGGGACAACAUCAUGAUCUGUUUCAGAGAAAUUAAAUGCAGGAUGAAUGUUGGCCAGAAAAUUCUCUUUGAAAUGGUGUCAUAAAGGAACCUCAAAAAGUGAAGCAAUGGAAUAUUAGCCUGGACUGAUAUAAUCCAGAAUUUGGAGUGGAAUUUAAAUGCUUAUCUCCUGAAUGAGACACACACUGGCAAUCAACUAACACAGUUGCUGCAAAUAGAACUUUGAUCAAUUAAUUUUAAUUUAAUACUGUAAAGUUGAAGUACAGGAAAAACUUGAAGCAUUAUUCUUUGUACAACCUUUAUAGCAUAUUAUGUUAAUGUUUUGAGUGAAGUUUUCAGAAGAUCACAGAUGCAGCACAUAAACAGGCCCUUCAAUCCACUGAGUCUGUGCUGGCUGUCACCCAUUCACUUGCACUAAUCCAACAUUAAAAUCGGGGCACAUUCAGUUAUCUAAUUGAGCCAGUGCCUUUUAGUGAUUUCCAGUAUCCACAUUAUACUUGGAGAUGAUUUUGGAUUUUGAUGUCUAUUAUAACUUUACUACACAGCGGCAUUGUGAAUUUAAUGGAUGGGUUAGUAUUAACAGGGAGUCUUUUGUAUUUUUUUAAUAAAUGUAUUAAACCAUA